UGAGAACUCAUACUGGGGAGAAACCUUUUGCAUGUGAGUUCUGCUCGUAUAAAUGUGCUGCUAACAGUAGUUUAUUGAAACACAUGAGAAGUCACACCCAUAAUUCAUUACAAUUAUAAGCUUUUGCAAGUACCAGUAUCAAUUUUACUAGAAAAACUAAUUUAAGGAUGCCCAUUAUGUAUGUGAACUGUUAAAAAUUGGCAUUAAUUAGCUGAGUACGGUGUUCACAAAUCUUUUUAAUGAUAUCCUACAGCAAGAAACUGUCCCUGAUGAAUGGCUGAACUCUACAAUUACAUUAUUAUUUAAAAAAGGAAGUAUUAACGACGUCAACAACUAUCGCCCCAUAACUCUGACCAGCAACAUUUACAAGAUCUUCGCAAAAGUGUUACUGUCACGCUUAACACCAAUCUUAGAUUCACAACAACCGGUGGAGCAGGCGGGAUUCCGUAAGGGCUACAGUACGAACGAUCAUCUACAACAGCUGGUAGAAAAGGUCUAGGAGUAUAAACAACUGCUCUACAUCGCCUUCAUUGACUUCACCAAAGCCUUCGACUCAACAGAGCACUGCUACCUAUGGCAAGCCUUAGAGAGAGAUGGUAUACCACAAAUAUAUACGGAUACUGAAAAAAAUGUAUGAACGUAGCACAGCAAGGAUACAACUUGAUCAGUUAGGACAACCGCUGAAAAUAGAGAGAGGAAUAAAGAAAGGUGACUGCUUAUCUCCAAAAUUUUUUAACUGCGUUCUGGAAAACAUCUUCCGAAAGCUAAAAUGGCAUCAAAAAGUAUAAGGAUUAAUGGCAGAUAUAUGAGCAAUAUAAGAUUCGCAGACGACAUAGCGUUAUUUAGCACCAACGAAGAAGACCUACAAGCAAUGUUAGACGAACUAAAUACACACUGUGGUAAAGUGGGUUUAAAAAUGAAUAAAAGUAAAACUAAGAUCAUGUCCAGCACAGGUUGCUCGACCUCUAUAAGUCUGGAGAAUGAUAUCCUAGGAACAGUAGAUAGUUUUACGUAUUUAGGAAAAACGAUAUCGUUCAAGAGCUCUACCCAAGGCGACGAACUAAAUAAAAGAAUUUCGAAUGCGUGGAAAAGGUACUGGAGCUUGAAAUACAUUUUUAAAAACAAAAAAAUAUCACUGUCCACUAAAUCGAAAGUAUUUAACACGUGUAUAUUGCCAAUUUUGAGUUAUGGAGCACAAACCUGGGCACCGAAUAAAGAAGAGAUAAAGAAAGUAAAGAUAGCGCAAAGGAAAAUGGAAAGGAGUAUUCUCGGAGUGAGGCUGGUAGAUAAAUUCAGAAACGAAUACCUAAGGAACCGAACUAAGUUGAUCGAUGUUAUAAGACAAGCGAGAAAACUGAAAUGGAAAUGGGCUGGUCACGUAAAACCGAGCCGUAGGGGUAGUUUUGUUAUCGCUCUUCUGCCGGGCACACUCGCGCUUCAUACUGAAAACAAUGUUCACCAUGACGAGACUGAACAAGACGAAACAAUUGACAAAUGUGAACAAGAGGUUGAGAUUUAUAAUGACGACGAAGUAGACAACACUGAUACAAACGACAAAGGAUGCAUAAACACGCCAAACAUUUGCUUAGAGACAACUUGUGAUGCUCUGAGAAAACCUGAAAGAGAACUAGACGAAUCGCUCACUACAACAAGGAAACUUAUUUGUCUUUCUGACUCCAACGCUCAAGAUGAUAGAAUUGCCUCAAAACAUUUGGACAAUCAAAAACCAGACCAAGAUGAACUCCCUACAUCAGAAAUCUCUGAACCAAUCACUGCACAAUCUGUAGGGAAAGUUUUUUCGAAUAAUGACAGCGAUGUGCCUAAUAUCGUAAUAAUGGAAGAUAUUGCACAUUCAUCAGCAAAAAAUGACAAGGAUUUAAGUUAUAUUUGUGAAAUUUGCCAUCGUAAGUUUAAACGUGAAAAUCUGUUAUUGAAACACGUUAUUGCUCACAAUAAAGAAAAGCCGUUUACGUGCAAAUUGUGCCGAUACACUUGUAAAUACAAUAGCCUUUUAGUUCGUCACAUCAGGACUCACACCGGUGAGAGACAGCUUGCUUGUGAGCUGUGCCCGUCUAAAUUCAUGCAGAACAGUCAUUUGGUGAACCACAUGAGAACUCACAGCGGUGAAAAGCCCUUUGCUUGUAAGCUAUGCAAUUAUAAAUUUGCGCAGAAUAGUCAUUUAGUGAAGCACAUGAGAACACACACAGGCGAGAGACCGUUCGCUUGUAAGUUAUGCAGUGCCAAGUUUACACAGAGUAGUAAUUUGGUGAACCACAUGAGAACACAUACUGCUGAAAAACCUUUUGCUUGUAAUGUAUGCCCAUAUAAAUGUACCGAGAAAGGCAGUGUAGUGAAGCACAUGAGAACACAUACCGGUGAAAAGCCGUUCGCUUGCGCGCUGUGCAACUAUCAGUGUACUGAGAAUAGUCAUUUAGUGAGGCACAUGAGAACACAUACUGGAGAAAAACCUUUUGCUUGUAAGCUAUGCCAGUACAGAUGUAUUCAGAACGCAAGCCUGCUGCGGCACAUGAGAACCCACUCAGAUGAGAACAAAUGAAAUUAUUCCAUGUUAUCAAUUGAAUAGUUCAGUAUUUAGUAGCUACUUAAUAUAUAAACUUAUCUACAA